CAUCAGUCAGUAAGAGCUGCCUGCAGCUGGAGUAAAACCUUCCCCUCAAAGGCUAAAGAACAAGCAGAAAUGAGCCCAGAGAGACGUCUUUCUCUGAAACUGGAAUACAAGAGGUAUGGAACAGUGAUCACCUCUGACAUGCUCAUCCAGGUGAUGGUCAUCACCAUCGACAAGCAGAACAUAGAUUUUGUGAAGGCUGAAAAAAUAAUUGUGCUAGAUGAGCCAGACAUGGGGAUUGAGCUGGUGGGUGAAGCCAGAGUAAACCAGCCUAUGACUGCAGAGCUGACCUUGUUGAACUGUUUACCAAAGCCACUGCUGAACUGCAGCUUCACCAUAGAGGGCAUUGGCCUCACAGACGGCAAACCCAUAACAGUAAAGGUUGGAACUGUGGGUGCAAAACAAGAAGCAAAGGCCAGUAUUGACUUUAAGCCCACCAUUACAGGCUCCAAUGUGCUCCUGGUGAACUUUGAUAGCGACAAACUGAAGAACAUCAAAAGCUUCAUCUAUGUUGCUGUGAAGGAAUAAAUCAGACCAGAAUUCUUGGCACUUAGUUGUUUGGUGUUGUAGAUUGGAAAGCACAGGCAUGAAGCAGGAUAAAAGAUUAAUAUAUACAUUUUACCCUCUAGAUUUAGUACAUAUAUUACACUAUUAACUAAAUAAGAAGCAUUUGUUUAAUUUGAAUAGAAAUAGAAAAGUCCAUACUGAUACCAAGUCUGUCAUAGAGGAACUGAGAAUAACGCGAAAUGGAACGUUAUUUAAUGAAUUAUGAUUGUUUUAAAUGUAAUAUUUUGUUUAAAAACUGUUGGUUGUGGAGAAAAUAAAAAUUUUCAUUCAUCAAAGAA